UUUGAAAAUACUGUUUUUAGCUUUUACAUUUUUAACAGUACAAAGAAAUUUACAGUACAAUUUCAAUAUUAAAUUGUAUAGAAACUGUAUAAAAUAUAUAUGAUACCUUAAAAUGGAUGAGGAAAUGUUGGAUAUUGAAGCUGAUGGUGACGUAUAUGAAGGAAAAUGUCCAGAUUCAAAAUGUCAGACAUUGUUGUACUUUUAUCUAAAAACUUCAUCGGUGGAAUGCACAAGCUGUGGCCAACAACAUAAACAGGAAAGCCUUUUAAAUAAGAAAAAGGCAGAUCAGGCUAAAGCUUUACAGUCAAUGAUCUCACGUAUUAUUCAUGACCAACCAAAGAAAGGAAGUGAUUUUGUCAGAGUAAAUGGAUUGUCCAAUUUUAUUUGUAAACUUCUCUCCCCGUUCUUAACAACUUAUGGAAUGAACAAAGCUGGAAAAGCCACCUUGCUAAGUGAACUAUGUAACUCUGAGAUCAUAGAUUGUGGUAAAGUGCUUGGCUCAAGAUCGUUUCAUAUAUCACCCACUCAUAUUGAUGUGGAAGGCUAUGGGAAGGAUAGAACUGGUAGCAUCAACUAUCUACAAACUUUAUUAGAUACUUUAAAAACUGCACACAACAACGAGGAAAGGUUGAUACCAAUCCAUGCAGAUGGCGACGGACAUUGUUUGGUUCACGCUCUUUCUAGAGCUCUAAUCGGUCGUGAAUUAUUCUGGCAUGGUCUUCGUAUUAACUUGCAAAACCACUUAAAGAGAAAAUUGGAACAGUACAAGAUAAUGUUUAAAGAGUUCCAUGAUGAUACAGAAUGGGAUGGAAUAAUAGAAGAAGCUGACCCAUAUUGUACAGCGGGAGGUGUUGCUGCUGGGUUGGGAAAUAUUCAUAUUUUUGCUCUUUCCAACAUCUUAAAACGCCCAAUCAUGUUGCUGGAUUCAAUGAAGAAUUUACAAAAUGCUGGUGAUUACACCGGUCUAUUUGUGCCAGUGAUGGUGGAACCUGAAGAUUGUUUAAGUAAAUCUCCCAUCUGCAUUGCAUGGAGUGGUAGAGGGCAUAACCACUUUGUUGCACUAGUGGCAGUGGAAGGAAAGACAUUGCCACACAUUCCAAAGCACCUCGUGCCCCGAAUAUGGGGUGUAAGUCAAGAAGUAGGUCAGAGGUACCUCACCUUUAACUCAGAUGGAAGUUUGACAGUUUGUGCUGGGAAGCCACUAAAAAUCAGUUAUACCCAGAAGUUGGUAUCAGCGAUGGAAGAACUUUUUACAGACUCUUACAAAAUCUCACCAACACUGGUGGCUGAAUACUACCAGAAAGUAUAUCGCCCAAACAACAUGAUUGGGAUUCGACCUGACAUUGUUACAAAGCUUGCAAAAAAUGCAAUCACUGAGAAAUCCUUGUUUCAUUGUCUGAUGUGUGAGUCAUUACAAGAGAAAUCCUCUCCUCCACUUAAAGAUUUACGUCCGAGAGGGCGAUUAUACCAACUAUUGGUCGAUUGCCAUGGUCCUCCUAUAGAAGGGAAAGUUUACAGCUUUCCAUUAAACAAGUUGAAAUGUGUUUACAAUCAGAGCUUGGACAGGCUUACAGUUCACGAGUACGAAUGUUCGAAAUGCGGAACUGAUCUCCGUCCCAUUAAUGGUAUGGGGGAGAUAUCGUACAAAGAUGGUGAUGCGACAUCUACUCCUAGUGCACCAACAGCCAAGUGCAUGUGUGGAAAGAAACAUUAUUGGGGUGGUCGGGAAUAUGAUAACUUACCCGAAGAACUUGUCUUGUCUGUGGAAUGGGGAGAUAAAACAGUUCAUGCAAAAGUAACUUGGUUUUAUGGCGACUCAAAUCCAAGCUAUAACAGUGAUCCUGAGAUUGAGGCGCAAAAAAUAGUAGAUGAGCAUUUCGAUGGAAUGUUUGGUACUGAACAUCUUAUUCAGAGGAUUGCAACACAAAUUCGCAUUAGGUGUAAUGAGCUCGCUUUGGAUGUUGGUGGUGACUCAUAUAAUAUGCAGAUAGACCAUCACAAACCUCCAUGUAAAACCUUUGUUAAGCGAAAAGAAAAUUCUUUGGUAAUGUUCAAAAAACGCUCUGUAAAAGAUGAUAAGAGUAAGACAGCAGAAAAAAUACCAUCACUCUCGUCCUCUCCUGAUUCUGCACCCUCCUCACCGAAAUCAAACGGAAAACCGAAAAUUAAACUUCACACGUUAGAAGAGAGUAUUACAGUGGAAGUUGAUGCCGACACAGAAUUAAAUGAGCUCAAAACGCUUGCAUACCAGAAGUUCAACAUUCCUGUCGAUCAGCAAAUUUUGAAACAUGGCUACCCACCAAAACCUCUUGAGCCUGCCAAUGGACCUCUUGGGCUUACAAAUGGAGACAGCAUAAAAGUGGAAAGAAAAAGUUCAACAAUUACGAAGCAGUCGAAAUUUAUGAGUAACAAAAACAUUGAAAAGAUGCUGCCAAUGAUACUCAAACAACCAGCACAGCAUGGCUCUGUAACGCAAAGCUUAUCUAGCACAUUUCAGCCUUUAGCACAAGGAAUUCCACUAAGUGAAGCACUUAAGAAUAUUCGCACAGAACAAAGCCGGAGCAUCUAUAAAACAAUGUGGGACUUUGCUGUAUCACAGCCACAUUUGUUUAUCCCAGGUGGUGUUUUUUACCGGCAAUUUCAGAGCGAUAUCGGCCUUGAGCAUGACAAACACUGUAAACUUCCAUUGAUUCCUGACAAGUUGUUUCUGUACAACAGAGAUGAAGAUAGGGUGGAGUUAUGUUUGGAACCAUACGGACAUUUUCCUGUAAACCAGGAUGUGGUCGAACAUCUAAAACAAUAUGAGAUAAACCAAAGUGCUCCCCAAAUUAGAAUGGGACCAGGGUUUCAUAUGUUGGGUGAUGCCCCUACCAUUCUACCACAGGAAGACCAAGCAAAGAGCAUGGAGCAAUUGUCUAAACUUGUGCAAGAGAUCAAACGAAAAAAUAGUUCAUAGAUCAAUGGGUGAUUUAUGGCAAAUUUUCUGUAUGUUUUUAAAUAUAGUUAUUCUCACUAUACAUAAUAAAUAUAUCUGUAACUGUAUUGUUAAGCUAUUUCUUUAGGUUAAUUAAACAAUAGUCCACAUGUGUGAUGUAAUUGAACUUAAAACAGUGUUUACUACUUGGGUAUAAGCUACUUUGAACAUACCACCAACUAAAUUGCAUACAGCUACUAUGCAUUUCUGUUGCCAUCCCUAUAUUAUGGAUUGUAGAUUGUACUAUACCUUUAGACAUACUUCUAACUUCUUUCUGACUAGUUCAAAUAUUUUAUGUUAAGUCGAGCAUCAAUUUGUUGUUUUCAAACAGCUUGGUGUGACUGCAGAUAUCUAACUAGCAUCAAAGAUUAAAUGUCCUAUCUUUUUCUUCCAUGUGAGUGCAAUUUCAGAUCUGUUUUUAUAAAAUCUGUAAAUUAAA